AAAUGGAUGGCACUUGAAAGUCUCCACUAUGGAAUAUUCUCUGAAAAAUCAGAUGUGUGGUCUUAUGGUGUUUUGUGUUGGGAAGUCUUUAGUGCUGGGAAAAUACCAUACCCUGGUAUGGAUCCAAUAGGAUUAGUGGAACUAUUGGAUGGUGGGCAAAGGUUAAGCUCUCCUCAUAAUGAAGCCUGCUCAGAAGACAUUUAUUCCUUGAUGCAGCAGUGUUGGUGUGAGUCUCCUGAUGACAGGCCAUUGUUCAGUGAUUUGGUUGCAUCAGUCAAUGCUCUCAUUAUGCCAUUGGCUCCAUAUCUCAUUGUCUCCAAUGACUCAAUCUUCCAACUGAAUCAUGAUCAUAUAUAUUAUUAAAUACACUGCUUUGCCUUUAGAAUACUGCCUUGUUUGCUUUAUACUAACCUCUUUCAUUUUAUUUCAGUUUUUAAAAUUAAAUCAAUGACUCAUGCAUAUUGUGUUUGUGAAAUUAUUAUCAAAAGAG